AAUUAAACUCGGUGUACAUUUACAUGAAAUAACGCAAAUCAAUAAUUGUUUAUAAAUAUUGACGAAGUAUGUAUAUUUUUGUUGUUUUGAUGUUAAUAAAUAGUCGUCUAAUGUAGUUAUUACCUAACCACUUGAUGAAUGAAUGAAGGGUGUCUGUGAAAUGAUGACCCACAUCCCCAAUUAGUACGAAUCACGUCCGCGACUCUCGUGGAUAGGUCCGGAACGGUGCGUCGCGACGCCCGCGCCCCUUCGGUCCGAAUGGCAGAAGCGGGCCGGAGCGCACAGAUUACGUAAUCUCGGUGAAGAGGAUAUAACGAAAGGGCGCAUCAGCCGCGCCACCUUGCGCCAGCGUCGACGUCGCGACGCCCGCUGCGCCGCUCCGUCCCACAGACCGACCGCUCCAGCUGUUGUUGUUUUUGUUUGUAUCGCCGUACCUCCGCCCCAGCACCUACUGUCACAGUGACACUAAAAAUCAUUAAAACCAAAUGGAGAAACGCUCUUGAAUCUCUCCAAUAUGUCUACAGCUAACAGUGUGGUAUGUGAAGAGAUCUUCGACGAAUCCAGCCAUCCCUCGAACGAUGAAAUUCGAGAUUACGCAACGAAAAUUGGAAUCGAUCCCGAGUCCGAGCCCCAGUUCCUUCCACUUGCUGCCGAGGGGCUCAUGAGAGCGUUACCCGCAGGAUGGAAGCCAUGCCUUGAUGAAAAAUCUAAAUCUUAUUAUUAUUACAAUAACAUGACAGGGAAAACUCAGUGGGAGCAUCCAUUGGAUAACGUUUAUAGAGGAUUGGUAAAAAAGAAACGCACAGAAAGUCAAUCUUUAAGCAUCGGGGAACAAAACGAAGAUGCCACGUACACAAGAGAUGAUCUUCCUAGUUUAGAAGAACCUCCCUUCAUGCACAAACAGUUCGAAAGUUUAUCAUUGGGUGCACGUAAGAAGGAACCUAAGCUAUCACCAAUGAAGGCAAGACUGGAAGAUUUUACUACACCCAAACUAAUCAGACAAAAAUCAGAAGAAAAACCAAUUGCCGCUUAUGUUAAUCGCAAAAUUAGUCUCAGCUUGAGCAGCAGUUUUGAUACCAAAAAUAUCGAAUCACCUAAAAAGGAAUUCAAGCUGCUCGGUGGUGGUUCAAUGUUCCUCAAAAAGAAGGGCUCAGAACAAAAGGAAGCAGUAGAAAACGAAGAAAAUAAUAAAAUUGUUAAAAACUCCAGUACUUCGGAUAUAAUUAAAUCAAAAGAUGAAUCGUUAUUAGAAGAUUCCAUCAAUAAAGAAACACAGCAACCUAGAGGCAUAUUGCGUGAAAGAAGUUUCGUAGAAUCAAUAAAUAAAAGUAUCGAAGAGGAUGAUAAGAAAAAUGUUCGUUUUAAUUUGCAAGAAAACGCGGAUCUAAUGUUCGAUUUUUCUGAUAAAAGUUUAGAAGACGAAGUCAAGUUUGAUGUGAAACUGACAAAGGCAAAACCACGCUUUUCUAAUUCACCAGUCAAAGAUGUUUUUCGUCCAAACCAGGAAAGCGAUCCAAAGAGCCUUUUGAAACUUAUUAAACCGAAUCCUAUAGAUUUCGUUAAGCCUAAAAUUAAGCCUCUCGAAAGCGAGACGAGUGCUCCUAUGUCCGAUUCAGAAGAUGAUUCAAUACUUAAAAGUAUUGAACGCGUCUCCGACAAGAAAGGAUUAGAUAAAGAUCUGCAACUGUCUGAAGAAAAUUGCAAUAAUAUAACGGAAAAAUAUAGGGAAGACAAUAUGGCCAUUAUCAAGCAAUUGAAAGAGAGUGCAGAUCGCGAAUUGGAAGAUAUGAAAAAAACUAUUUGGAAUGAAAAGAAUGAAGAAAUUUCGAAAUAUAAAAAUAAACUACAAGAAUCUCAGAAAAACGAAUUAGAAAGAAUUCUGUUAGGUGAAAAAUCGAAAUACGAAGAAAAUAUUAAGAGGGAAUUGGAAAAUUUGCGUGUCGAAAUGGAGAGUCGUAAUUUGGGUGCGUUGGAGCAAGAGAAACUUAAAUUAGAUGAAGAAUUAAAUAAAAGCAAACAAGAGAUGCAAUCUAAAUUUAAAAUAGACGAAUCGAAGAUCGAAGAGGAGUUAAUAUUAGAAUAUGACGUCAAGAAAUCUGAGAUUAGGAAGAAAUUUGAUGUAAUGUUAGAAGAAGUUGAAAGGAAUUUGGGAAGAGAUUUGGAACAGCAUAAGGAUGAAUUGAUUGUAUCGCAUAACGCGAUUUUAGAUCAGGUCAGAAAAAAUCAUCAAGCUAUUAUGGAUGAAAUAAAACAAGAUUACAAAUCUGAAGAAAAAAUUAUUCGCAAGGAACAUGAGAAUCAAAUAAUCGAACUAAAGAAGAAAGUAAGUGGGAAUAUAGAUAUGGAUGAUAUUAUACAUAAAAACGUAAACGAAGAGCGAUUGUAUGAGAAAGUCCGCUGUGAGAAACGUUUAUUAGAAGAUAAGUAUAGAUGUCUAAAAGAAAAGUAUCUCCGGUUAAAAACUGAUGUGAAAUUGACCAUGGAAAAGCGGAAUAGAAAACGCGAACAAAGCGCCACCACCACAACUGGAUCAGAAACGGAACGCAGCAAUUCGAUAAACAAAGAAAAAUCCCCGAAUAGAAUGAUAGAAAAACCUCCAAUAUUGAAAACUGAUCCGAAUAGAAACAAACCGGAACACAAAGUUACGCGGACCAUUAUCAUACAGGAUUUGGAUACUUCGACGAGCGAUAGAUCAGGCCAACACGAUGAGAAACUAGAUUGCGAUUCUUCUGAGGAAAAUGCAAACGCAGGAAGAAGCAGGAAGAGGCUGUUUUCACGAUUGAAAACGACCGCAAGCAUUCGCACGAAUAAUAACAAGAAGCGUACCCAACGCUCGUGUUCGCCAGUGGAAAACUUAAGAAGGCAAUUGCAAAAGUUGGAAGACCUCGAAGAUCAAUUUCCGCAAAACGCACAAGCUGAUACUUAUCAUUUGAGAUACCCGUUUUCGGAUGGGCAAAAAUUUGAGGGAAGCUCAGAGCUAGAAUUUUUCAGGCACCGGAUUCAUUUAGAACGAGACUCCAUAAAGAGAGCCAAAGAGAGUCUUAGAACGCAGAAAUGCCUCUUCCAACAGCGCCAGAACGACUUGAAACUUAAACACGGUUCUAUGGCCAGGAACACUCUGCAGCAGUUAUGUCAAGAAGAGAGAGAUUUAACGGACAUGGAGGUUUCUUUGCACCGAACUCGGUCUUUGCUUGGUGAAAAAGUGAUUCGAUUGAGACACUUGGAGCAAUCUUUGCAAAGAGCGACUGCUGCAUCUAAUGAUCAGUACAAACAGGAUGAGACCACCUUAAGUGAUCUCUCCUCGCAUAGCGCCAGCUCUGGAAUUAGUUCGACUGAAUUUGCUACUGCGGCCGACGGAGCGAAGACUAUCUUACGCGGUGAGCAUCUGCAAGAAUCUUCUGAAAUUAUCCAAAGCCUAGAAAACCUUAACUCUGAAAUCCGCGAGAUUUGGGAAGUAUUAAACCAGCAGCAAGCCGGAAAUAUGGCUUCAGUAAUGCCACUCCCUUUAGUCUAUCCAGACCUGGGCUGGCCCGUUCUGGCUGGUACAGCGACUGUGCCCGCGCCACCGUCCAUCCCGACGCUCGCAGAUCGGUUGCACAACUAUCGACAGCACGUGGCUCUAGCAAAUGCCCAAAGCACAGUUGUCACUCAUGCUGCAAACCAGGGUGCAACUACAACUCUCGUCGAAAGAACUAGAAACCUGAGACAUUGGCUCCGCCAAGCCGGCGUCGAUCCUGGCACGGACGGCGCCUCUCCUCAAGCGACUCUCUGAAUCAUCCUCGAUGUGUAAGUUCUUAAGAAACAUCAAACCAACGGUUUGCUUCUAAACCUACGCUUUUCUUUGUCCUCUUUACAACCCAAUAAUUGCUAUAACAUGAUAUUCUACCAGAAAAUACAUAUGUAAAAUUUAAAGAAACGAAUUCGGAUGCGUGAGAAGAAUACUCGUAUUUCUCAAUUUUAUUUCCUCACUCAACAAAACGUGUGUACUGAAAAUGGAGAGAUUUCAAAUGAAAAUUGUGAUAAAUGAUUAUAUUCGCCCUUCUACACACACCCUAAAUAUUAUUGUGAUUAUUAUAUUAUUCAAAUAAUAGAAAUUGUUAUUUUUAUAAUCUAUUCUAUUUCUUCGUUUCUUUAAAACUCUAUUUUUCGCUCAAUUCUAUAUAUUUAAAAAGAAAAAUACUAAGAGAAAAUAUUUAUUCUUCUGGAAUUGUAGUUGAUGACUUUGCGAAACUCAUAAGACUAAACUAUAAGAUUCUUUAUACAUUGUAUAAUUGUGGUUUGCGCUGACUUUGAAUGUCGCGUAGACAUUUUUUUGAACCCCAUUAAGAAGAGCACUUGUAGUUUCAACACUACACACUCUAAGAAAACCAACAAAAAAAAAUAAAUCAAAAACUAUUAACUAUACUCAUUAAAGUCUAUAAUGAUAUAUAAACAUAUUGGUAUAUUGAAAGCACUGAAUUAAUCUCAAGACUUAGUUAUUUAUAUAGAAAAUUUCCUAAAUAGACCAUUUUUAACGUCUCAAAUUUAAACAAGUAUACAGAAAGGAAUUAUUUAAUGCCUUUAUCUAAUGGAAGAUAAUUACUUUAGUUUAAUGAAAUACCUAAUGGAAGAUAUUGACAAUAUAACCCAAAAAACAUAUAGUGUAAUGUUAAUUAUACUGAAUUUAAAGUUUAAACAUCAUUUAAUCGGUAGAGAAAAAUCUCUAAAAAAUGUGUAUCCAAUAAUGCCGAAACGACCUUAGAAAUAUAUAAUAACUAGCUUAGGGCAUUCAAAUAAUUCCUUGUACUCGUUUGUUGUCUCCAUAUUCAUAUGGUAAAUACACAUGAUACAAAUAUACUUGUAUCAUGGUAAAAAUAUACACCAUAGGUGUUUAAUUAUUAUGAAAUUUUGUAAUUCCUGUUAAUGGAAACCUUAAUGUUGAUUAAUAAAGUAUAUUUAGUAUUUGUGCCAAGAAUUGUAACAUAAAAGACAAACCAAAAAAUAUAUACACUGUAGUAGAAUUUGUAUCCAUCCGCACAUUUCAUUAUUUUAUAUACAUUAUAGAUAUUUGCCAAUAUCAGAGAUUGUUACCAAAUCAAAUCUGAUGAUAAUUUACAAACUUGUGGAACUUAGUACAAUCAAUGUGUCAACAGAUGUUUGCUGUGCUUAUAUAAUGACUUCCGAAUAGAGAUUAUGUUCUUGUAAUUUUACAAUGAAAUUGUGAUUUUUCGCUAGAAAAUAAUUAACAUAAAGGAUUACUAUUUGUCGUGACAGAAAAUGAACAGAUUCAUCUUCUAAUUUGAGUGUUGUUACAUAUGCAACGAGUAUGAUUGAGGAAAAUUGCAAGAUUAUGUUUGACAAAGAAAAAUAAUCCCGUCCCCUAUUUGUUUACGUUGAUUUAUGGUCAUUCCAGAAUGUUUGAAACUGAUAUUGUUUGUGUCGAUAAUUUGCUUUAAACGAUAAUAUAUUAAAUACAAA